UCUCUACACCACACAAACACCGGUUUGACAACUCACUCCGAUUUGCGCAGCCGUAAAUGCGCAAAUGAUGGCAGACGCGGCGUGCAUGGAGGACACGCUGGCCGAGGAAGAGAGGGAAUUUGAGAAUAUGAUCACGCUGAUCGGAGGUAAAGAGAGGAUCCUUUUGGUGAGCAAUGCUGGCAAAAGUGAGGAAGAAGGUGGUGAUGAAGCCGGAGUACUGCAAGAGUUCAUCAGCGACGUGUUUCACGGCAGCGUCAGCGCGCGCCACGGUCCCUGUCCUUCAAAUCCCGAGGAGACGCCGAGAGGAAAACCGGUUUGUUGCGAGUCCACAUCUGUUAAAUGUGACAAGGAAACGAUGAGAACCGAUCCGGAGAGAAAGCACGGGGAGGUGGAGAUGCAACAAGCGCAGCCGCCGCGUAAUGGGAACGGACGCAGAACCGCCGCGAGGAGCGCAAAUACUUAUAACCAAAAGCGAACGAUAAACUCUGCUCUCAUCGUCUUUAUCUUCACACAGACAUUUCUCAGCAAACACUUCAACAAGGUGUGCUUGAAAGAAAUCUUGAAAGACGUCAUAGCACGUGUGAAACGUGGGAGCAGCGCGCGUUGGCCAGCUCUGAUUGGAUUAAUACGCACCAGAGUGGAGAGCGCAGAGACGCGUCAGUGCGCGCAGCUCCUGGAGCGGCUCAUCCGCUCGGUUUUCAGCAAAAACUCUCCAGAAACUGUAUGGGUGGGUACGUUUAUUCCAAAGACAGAAGACACAGUGCUGAGCGUCAAGAAAAACGCCUGUAACGUUGUACUGUCGUCGCAAACAGCAGACAAUGCUAUCAAUAGAGGAUCCCUGCUCUCCUGGCCAUUCCGAUGCUUAUUCUGGACCCAGAGAAGAGGAGCCAGAAAUGAGGCCAACAGCAAUUCAAAUGUUCGUCAAAAAGAUGACACAGGAAGCAGUGAGGAAGGUAUUCCUCUGAAAACCAGUCAUUCCUGUGCUGCAGCAAUUGUGAAUGAAGAUUCAGGUGAAAAGGAUGGCUAACUUCACUUGGCAUCAUGUUGCAUCUGGUCACAAGAAAAACUGCCCUUGUGGUGCUUAAAUGUCAUGUUAUUUAUUAAUUUGGUUUUUGGUGU